AGAAUGGUGAUGUGGCACAACAGUUUACUGGACAAAACCGCUGCCUGAGAACAACACCCCUGCAUCGGACUGAAAGUUAAUGGAAGCCACUGGUCUUAAUUGUGCAUAUUAGUCUCUGCUGGAUCAAGCUGUGCUUCCCAACAAAACCAUGUCAAGUCAUAUCAAAACAAUACUUCAUCCCAGAUAUUUGCUUCUUCUAUUCUCUGUUGGACUGAACAUAUUUUUAAUAUGUGAAUUCUUACAGCCACAUUUUAAUAUAUCACCAAUAGUCAGAACUUUUACAGCAUCUGAAGACAAGCCUCCGGAAAACAGCACCAUCCUGCUUUUAUGGUUUUGGCCAUUUGGGAAAAAAUUGGACCUAAAUUCCUGCAGUUCCAAAUUUAAUAUAGACGGUUGUCACUUAACUGUAGAUAGAGAGCUCUACAGCGAAGCUCACGGAGUGCUGAUAAAUCACAGAGAUAUUAAAAGCGACCUGUCAAAUUUACCCACAAAACCAAGGCCUUUCUUCCAGAAAUGGAUAUGGAUGCACUUUGAGUCUCCACAAAACACAAGACGAUUCGACGGUCUGGAGAACCUAUUCAAUGUGACACUGAAUUACAGACGGAUUGCUGAUGUUGUCCUUCGUGAACAAAUUAUGAUUAAAACUGAAGAUGUCGAGGAUAAGAUAUUUCCACAAGUUCUGGACAAAAAGGAUAAGUUAGUUUGCUGGGUUGUGAGCAACUGGAAUGAGCAGUUUGAAAGGGUAAAAUACUAUAAUGAGCUUAAAAAACACAUCAACAUUUAUACCUUUGGACGUCAUUUUGGAAAAGCAGUAAAUGACGCAGAAUACAAGGAAAUAUUAACUACAUGUAAGUUCUAUCUGUCAUUUGAGAACACAGCCGCUCACUAUGACUACAUGACAGAAAAGCUGUUCAAUCCCCUCACUUUCGGAUCAGUGCCAGUGACUCUUGGUGCUCCACGAUACAUAUACGAAAGGUUUGUGCCCAAGGAUGCUUUCAUCCACGUGAAGGACUUCUCCAGCCCUCAGAAACUUGCUGAACACCUUCUAUCACUGGAUAGGAAUGUUGAAGAAUACAAAAAGUAUUUUCAAUGGCGAAAACACUUUGUAGUCAAACUUGUUAACUAUCCCGAAGAGCAUGCAUGUCGUGCCUGUCAAUAUAUACGAACAAAGAAAGACUACCAAGUUUUUGGAAACCUUAACAAAUGGUACUGGGAUGUCAUCAAAGAUGAGACCUAAAGAUCAAGGGUGUCUUUUUAUGGCUGUAUUGCUUUUGCUAAACACUGGAUGACAAAGCUGGUUUAAAUGCUCACCCAGAUAGCACACGUAUGUCUCCAAGAAGUCUGUUAAAGAUCACUUGAUCUUCAGCGUACAAACAUCUGGCAGAUGUCUGUAAGACGUCAGUUUAACAUUCAUUCAAAAUCAUAAACAUCUCAAAGACACCUAAUAGACGUCUAUUUGACACCUUAAAGGAAACGUCCGAUGGAUGUAUUGUAGAGCAAACACUAAAAAUACGUCUUGCAGAUGUAAAUGCAGAUGUCAAAUAGACGUCUCCAUGAUGUACAUGUGCUAUCAGGGCAGUGCCUUUAAUUUUGUAUUGCUAAAGGCUGGAAUACACUAUACGACUAAAAAUCUAAAUAGAUUUUACCAGUGGGAAAGGUUACCAGACUUCAAUGCUGGAUGACAAAACCUUAUAAAAUUCAUACACUUUACGUUAGAGUAUAAUGCAUUUUUUAAGGAAUUAUUGAAGACGGACGUUGAAUUAUUAAAAAUAAUGUUUCUAAUAGGCCUAAUUCAAAUUGACCACAGUCAGUUAUUCCACUUGUACUGGAGACUAGCUGUGCUCUAAAAUCAUCAGACAUGUUAUCCUCCAAAUGGAUGAAAUUAUAGUUUGAAGCUAAAAGAGACUGGAAUCUGCGUCCACCAUACACCUGUGAAAUUUUUCAACUCCAACUGCGCAAAAUCUGCAGAUUUAAAAUUGGUCCUGAUCUUCAACAGCUAGUAUUUACUCGUCCAGACUACAAAUCGUGUCAAAAUCUGUGCAAAAGUUAUAGUAUAUUCCAGCCUAUAUAUAUUGUUAUAAUUAAGCAGUGAGUUGUUCAUUAGUUUACAUUUACAAAGUAUGUUUGCAAAACAACACUAGUUAUGAAAAAAAGAAAGAAAAAAGGUUGAAAAACUAAAGCACUUCUGCCACUGCUGCAGAAGUAGGCCUACAUUAUAAGAGGAAAUGUCACGCAUCUAAAUGUAAAUCAUUCAUUGCAUUUGAUUCAUUAAUGAAUCAUAUCUCACUGAAUUUGUUACAGCAUGAACCUCCCCAUUAAAAAAACGAAACUUUCCUUAAAAUUAUUUAUGAGAGCCAAAUAAAUAAAUAAAAUGUAAAUCCCAUUAUCACAUUGUAAUAUACUUCCAUUUUCUGUAGAGAUCGACUGACUGCAUUUGUCAAGCUUGACCAUUUAAGUCUGUUUCUCAAGUUACAUUUUUAAAAUUGAAUGUAAGGGAAAUAUAAGUUGAUCAGUAACUACAAACCAACUAGGGGACAAAACAAUAAACUGACUAAACUAUUUUUUCAAGAUAGUAGAAAAUAAGAGCAGAAUGUCAGCUAUUUACUAGCAGUUGAGUGUCUGUAGGAGGCGCUGUUGCCAUGUACAGUGUGUGUGACUGAAACGGUUGAUUAGGACAAUUUGCUGACAUACAUUCUAAUAACUAUGUAGUCUUAGGCUUCAACAGAGGAUGUACAAGGUCAAUAACCUAAAGGAAAACAG